AAAAAUAUAAAAUUGUAAUUUGACUACCGAAGCUGUCGCGGACUAAACCUAGUACUCUCUCUCUCUCUCUCUCUCUCUCUCUCUCUCUCUCUCUCCUUCUUUCUUCUCCUCUGCCUCUCGAACCAGUUAACAACAAUGUCGAUCCCUUGUCUCACAGAAGAAACUGCCAAAACUGUUCUCCGUCAGGUGGAGUUCUACUUCAGUGAUAGUAACCUUCCCAUUGAUGAUUUCUUGAAGAAGACAGUUACACAGAGUGAAGAUGGAUUGGUUAGUUUGGCGUUGAUAUGUUCAUUCAGUAAGAUGAGAGGAUACUUGAAGUUGGGUGAUUCCAAAGGAGAUGAGAUUCCUGAAGAUACCAUCAAAGCUGUUGCUGAUACUCUUCGUACCUCUAAGGCUCUCAAGGUUUCUGAAGAUGGGCAAAAGGUUGGUAGGAGUACAGAGAUGUUGAAGCUAGAAGAUUUGAUUGAACAACUUAAUGCUAGGACCGUUGCUGCUUCACCAUUCUCGUUUGAUGUUAAAAGGGAUGAUGUGGAAGCCUUUUUCAGCCAGUAUGGAAAGGUUAAUAGUUUGAGGUUGCCUCGCCAUGUUGCAGAGACGAGAGUGUUUUGUGGCGUUGCCUUGGUAGAGUUCCCUACAGAAGAGGAUGCCCAGAAUGUUAUCAAGCAAAAGUUGGUCUUUGCUGGUCUUGACUUGGACAUGAAACCAAAGAAAGAGUUUGAUGAUGAAAGGGAGAAAGAUGAAGAGAAGUUUGCUGACUACCGUCCUCAAAAGGGUUCUGCAAAUCAGAAGAACGGCUCUGAUCAUAAGAGCGGUUCUGAUUAUGAGGCAAACUAUCCCAAGGGUUUGAUCAUUUCAUUCACUCUAAAGCGCUCAGAUGAAGAAGGUACCACAGAAGAGAAGAGUUCUGAAGAGCCAACUGCUAAGACAAUGGAUGAAAAUGAAUCAAAGCCUGCGGAUACAGAAAACACUGAUCAGGUUCAGGGCCAAGGAACAGAGGGUGAAGAUGAAGAGAAGUCUCCUGACUCUCCAACUAAGAAUGGAGAGAGAGAAGAAAAGGGUGCUCUAGCUACCCAUAAAGAUAAUAAAGAAGUUGUGUUGCGUGAAGAUCUUAAGGCCGUGUUUGGAAAAUUCGGUGAUGUCAAGUUUGUGGAUUUCAAAAUGGGAGCAGAGACGGGUUACCUUAGGUUUGAUGAACCAGAAGCAUCCCAGAAAGCCCGUGCAGCAGCAGUAUUGGCUAAAGAAGGUGGACUAUCCGUGAAGAAUUUCAUCGCUGUCCUAGAACCUCUCACCGGCGAAGCUGAAAAGGAGUACUGGGGUCUCCUUCGCAGCAAAGACAAGGGUGGCCGUGGAGGAAGGGGAGGAAAACGAGGAGGAGGAAGAGGGAGGUUCGGGAGAAAGAGGGGAUCUGAUUCACCGGGUGGUCGCUGGAACAAAGCUCAGAAGGUGGAAGCAUGAUGGUUGACGACACUCUUUCUAGUCUCUAUUUGUAGCUACUAGCUAGUGACUUGACUUGUUUCUGCUUUUAAUAUAUUUUGUGGUUGCGAUCUUUAUUACAACCUCGCAGUCGAAACCUUUAUUAUCUACUUGUGACUUGUUUGGUGAUGAUAUGCUAUGACUAGAAAAAUCAGCUAGCAAAUUUUGUAGUAGUUGCUAUUUUUUCGGCAAAUUUUGGAUAAAUAUCAUAUCUGGUUUCGUUUUUUUAAUA